GUGAUGUGUAUGUGUCUGUAGCAUGUGUGUGCCUGUGAAUGUCCUUGUCUCCUUCCUCUCUGCCUCACGUUCAUUGCCACCUGCUCUGGCCCGACCUCUCCCACACCUGCGUCUUUGCCUGCAUGUCCUCCAGUCCUUGAAUGACUGCUCAUACUUAAGCACAGAGGACUGCACAGCUCAGGAGAAAUGCAGUGUGGCAGUGUGCAUGGAUUGGGGGUCCUGGGGAGGGCCCGGUGGUGCUGACUGAGAGCCAUCCGUGCAGGGAGAGGACUCCUCCUGCGCAGCUGGAGGGCACGGGGAGCUAGCAGCAACUUGUCCCUGGUGCCCUGAGCCCAGAGCUUUGUGUCCACCUCAGCAGACCUUCUGUGUGCUGCCUGCAGUAGGGACAGUUGCCUGGCCUCUUGGGGUUGUGGGGCUCUGACUUCAAAGUUCAUCUGGUGAGAACUUCAAAGCAGCCUGCAGACUCAGCCGCCACCCGUCUCUGCCUCUCGGCCAUGACAGUCCCUCCACCCCAGGCUUUGUUUUCACAUCUUGCCCAUGGCCUCGGGUCUAGUGGUGCCAACCCAGUAGCGACACCCUCUGUCUGCUGGCCCUGCCUUCCCGUCUCUGUCCUCAUUGCUUGUACCUUUUCCAUUUUUUAUGUCAUGUCAGUGGGGUUUCAGGAGGGAGCUGAGAUGGACGUUUCAUUCCCAUCUGCCCUGUUUGAGUGAAAUCAGAAUUGCUGCUUCAGUGAGUGUUGCUGGCUUGGCCACAUUUACCUGUGCUCGCAGGACAUAGAGUCCGCAUCCCCUACCUGCUGGCCUCCUCAAGGCCAGAAUCACUGUGACUGCUCCCAGUCUGUGGUCUUGCUUGUCCCAUCCUUCCUUGCCACCUGACCCAUUUCUCUCUGAAAACUUCUUGAAGGGGGGCAGUGGUGCCAACUGUGUGGAAGUCCUGCUCGGCUUCCAGAAGAUAGUGAGUCGGGGCAGGGCAGGGCCCCGGGAGCGAGAAGUUCUGGAACAGUGAUUUCUGAAAGACUUGGUGUUGGGGCAGCAUGUGAAACAGAUUGUAGGCCCACAGGGCUUGUCAAUGAGACAGAUCAGGUUCAGGUUCGAUGGGCAACCCAUUAAUGAGACGGACACUCCAGCACAGAAUUAACACUGAACCCUCCAGAAGGAAUUGUGGCAGGCCCCAUGAAUGAAGAGAAUUUUUUUGAAUGGGAAGCAUUGAUUAUGGGCCCAGAAGACACCUGUUUUGAGUUUGGUGUUUUUCCUGCCAUCCUGAGUUUCCCACUUGAUUACCCGUUAAGUCCUCCAAAGAUGAGAUUUACCUGUGAGAUGUUUCAUCCCAACAUCUACCCUGAUGGGAGGGUCUGCAUCUCCAUCCUUCAUGCGCCGGGUGACGACCCCAUGGGCUACGAGAGCAGUGCUGAGCGGUGGAGCCCCGUGCAGAGUGUGGAGAAGAUCCUGCUGUCGGUGGUGAGCAUGCUGGCAGAGCCCAAUGACGAAAGUGGCGCUAAUGUGGAUGCCUCCAAAAUGUGGCGGGAUGACCGGGAGCAGUUUUAUAAGAUCGCCAAGCAGAUUGUACAGAAGUCUCUGGGGCUCUAAGGCCUUGCCAUGCACAUGUGCACAGACGUGUGCCGACACGCAUGCGUGCUAACACACACCACUGAUCAGGCCCAGCCUUCUCCUCUGGAGCACUUAGUGACAGCUGUCUCUGUGCUGGUAACAAAAAGACAGACUCACAGAGCCACAGCAUCUGUUUUUUUCUCACCUUUCGCACCCCAAACAGGCUUCUCUUCUGAAACUAUGUUUAUGUAGAACAGCGACAGCUUAAUGCAGUUUUGAAGUGUUCCUCACAAGGCAGAGCAGGUAGGUUGUCGAAGCUGUCACCACUACCUCUCCCAGCUCACGUGC